UAAAAUUCCUCGGUGAGGAAAGUAGGACUCCUAUCCUAUCCUAUAAUAGAGGGAAGGGUGAGGUGGCAACUGGGUUCAUGUUUGGUGGGUUCGCCGAUCGAUUUCUUUGCGAAGAAUUGAAGAUGACGGCCAUAGACGGAAGUGUUGAUGAUGCCGGUACAUUCCUUGGAGUUGAGGAGUUCCCUCCCAAUUUCAAGGAAUACAUAGAGAAGGAACGACUCAAUUGCUCGCGAUUUGAAGGAGAUCAAUAUAUUUUUGAGCGUCCCUGUCGUGGAUGGGUUUUCUGGAGCCAACAAGACCACCAGACCCAACCCGAUAAUUUUGCGGACUUAAUCAGUCAUGCUCUCCAAAAAUUGAUAUUCAAGAAGGAACUUAAUUGUCACCUAGUUCAAUUUUGGGCACCCACAAAAACGUCCGAGGGGCGGACUUUGCUUACUACUCAAUUCCAACCUUUUGCCAUUGGCACAGCAGAAUACGCUCUGGAUGAGACCCGUAAGCUUUGUGAGUACAGGAUGGGGAUGUGUAGGGAGGAGUAUAACUCCUUCUACGCAGAUGCAGAGUGUGCAGAAGAACAACUUGGGCUUCCUGGCCGUGUCUUCCUCAAUAAACUCCCCGAACACGCUCCGGAUGUGAAGCAUUACACUCUCAAAGAGUAUCCACAGCGCGACCUUGCUUUACAUUGCGGGAUUCAAUCAUCUUGGGCUGUGCCAGUGUUCCACCAUUUCAGCCACACCUGUGUUGGUGUACUUGAGAUUGUGUCUCCGUGCUCCAUGGUUCGAGAUUGGCAUGACAAAUCUUUCCUCGGCGAAAUGUAUGACAUUUUUCAGGAGUUUGGUCUGCAAUGUUUUGUUGGAUAUAACCACUACGAAAUGGAAAUCAGGGAUGAAAAUAAAGCACGCACAACUGCCUUCCAGGAACUCAACACGGUGUUGAAAACGGUGUGCGAAAUUCAUAAUCUACCCUUCGCUAUGACAUGGGUCCCUUGCAGUGUUUGCAACGGUUUACUGCAAGGGCCACUCCUGUCCGAGGCUGUGGAAUAUUGUGGGCACAAUGAGGACGAGUUUGAUGAGUUCGUAAAAGUCAUUAAAUGCAGUCACUUAGGAAAGGGAGGGGUUGCCGGGAUGUUACUUUCAUCUCCCAACAUGUUGUACUGCUCGGACAUAACCCAACUCAGCUUAACUGAGUACCCCUUGGUACCCUAUGCACAACUGAUGGAAUUCCGUGGUUGGUUCACAUUAUGCUUGCAGAGCAGUUACACUGCAAAUGACAUUUAUGCAGUAGAGUUUUUUUUGCCCACGAGAAACAGAUGCGGUGACAACUCAUGGACCUUAUUGAGCUUGAUAUUGGGAACAAUGGAGGACAAUUUCAAAACUUUUAAGCUUGCUUCUGGCCAAGAACUGGGGGAAUUAUUAUCAGUUAAAGUUAUUGAUUUUCAGAAGGGUCAAAAACUUCAUUCUGUUCAAAAGAUCCAAGCUAAGGGUGGAGGAGUGAUGUUGCAUCUACGUCAACUGGAUCAGGCAUCAACAGGUGCCAUAUACAGUGGAACAAAUGUCAUUAGUGAAGAUCAAAACUACAUUUUGUCUAGUCUUGAAGCCUUGCAGAAUGGAGAAGUGACGAUGCAACUAGAUUCAUCUCGUCAGCCACCAUUGGACCCUCCAAACAAUGGACAGAAUGUCGUCAUUGAAGAACGAAACAUCAUUACAGUUAAUAGCUCAAAAGAACGCAAAAGAAAGACGGAAAGGAAACAUAGAGGAACUGGAGUUAGAAUUGAAGUUUCGUGGGAGGAUAUCCUUGAAUGUGCAAAAAAUAAAAUGAGUCGUAAAGGGGCUGCGGAGAAACUCCAAGUUAGCAUAUCGACAUUGAAGCGUGUAUGUAGGGAUUAUGGUCUUGAUCGGUGGCCACCUCGCAAUCAAAACAUAAAAAAGUUCCCUUCCUUUCGGUCCUCACCUGUUGAGAACGAGGGACAAACCCGACAACAUCUAAAUUCUGAUUUGCCUUCGAAUCAAGCCUCGGAUAGUGUUGCUCACACAAAGCCAGCAUUCCAAGGUGCAAAUAUAGUGACAAUUAGGGCGAACUAUGAAAAUAAUAUGAUAAAGUUCCGGCUGUCUUUGCCGUCUAGAUUAGUAGCGCUUCAGCAAGAAGUGGCUAAAAGACUGAACCUGGAAGCUGGAACUUACUACAUCAGGUAUGAAGAUGAGGAAAAUGAGUUGAUUUUAAUAGCUUGCGACCAGGACUUACAAGAUUGUAUAGACACUUUCAAAUCAUUGGGCAACACUUCGGUUGUGGUGCAGCUUGAGCCCAAAUAGCCCAGUAUCCAUCGACCUUCUUGUAGUUUUUGACAUCGUUUGUUUUAAUUCCUGUGAUUUUCAAGUGCUUUUUUUAAUGGUAAUAAUACUGCUGCCCCAGUGAAAAGAUCA